UCAUUAUCGUGAAAAAAGACAGAUGCGCACAUAACUCCUCACGAAAGCGCAUGAAUCCAUGACCAUCAUCUUGUUCCUCUUAACUGGACAACAGAAUGGAUUAAUCAGGCAAUGAAUCCAGCCACACAAGUUGAUUCGAUUUCUCAUCUUAAAACGUGGAGCUGGAUGUGUAGUUUUGGACUAUAUUCCUAAGGUGAUGACCACCACGGACCACCUUCCAAACUUCCCUGACUACAGCCAGGUUCUACACAAUUUCUUCCACUCGUCGAGGACCUACACUCAGCCCGGAGUGGUUGUGCGCCACCACACUGCCCUCUGCCGACUCAUUCCAGAAAGAUGAACCAUCAGAUAUGCACACAUUACAAUUACACUGGUAAACUGGAUAACCGCAAGGAAAAGUUAAACGGGCAAACUGACCCAAAAACUAUCGCCUUCCUUAUAUUCUGUUGCGUAAUUGUCUUUGAAAAUGUUAUUGUUCUUGUGGCAAUAUGGAAAAAUCAUAAAUUCCAUAACCGAAUGUAUUUCUUCAUCGGAAAUCUAGCCUUGUGUGACCUUUUGGCGGGUGGAACCUACAUAGUAAAUUUGUUAAUGUCUGGGGAGAAGACGUUUAAUCUCUCACCAGUACUAUGGUUCUUGCGGGAAGGGAGCAUGUUUGUUGCGCUGGGCGCUUCCAUUUUCAGCCUGCUAGCAAUUGCAAUUGAGAGACACCUAACAAUGAUAAAGAUGAGACCAUAUGAUGCCAAGAAAAACGACAGAGUUUUCCUACUUAUAGGCACUUGCUGGCUGAUUGCUGUUUUGCUGGGAGCUUUACCCAUCCUCGGUUGGAACUGCCUUGGUAACCUUCCCGACUGUUCCACUAUCCUGCCUCUCUACUCAAAGAAGUAUGUGGCCUUUUGCAUCACAAUCUUCAUGGUCCUGUUGCUGGCGAUGUCAGUGCUGUACGUUCGCAUCUACACACUGGUAAAGUCUAGCAGUCGUAAAGUCACAAAGCAUAGCAACUCUGAGAGAUCAAUUGCACUUCUGCGUACCGUUAUCAUUGUGGUCGGGGUCUUUAUCGCCUGCUGGACUCCUAUCCUUAUUCUAUUGCUGAUAGACGUGGCGUGUGAGCAUCGCCGUUGUUCCGUGUUACUCAAGGCCGACUGGUUCAUCGCCUUGGCUGUGCUCAACUCGGCCAUGAACCCAGUGAUAUACACCCUAGCGAGCAGAGAAAUGCGUCGAGCGUUUUUCUGUCUAAUGUGCGGCUGUCUCACCAAAUGCAACUCUUCCCCCACCAAACCUGUAUCGGAACCCAGUCGGAGCAAGACCAGCAGCAGCCACAGGGCAAAUGACCAGGAAAAGCCGGAGGUCACAGAGCGACAGGGCACUGCAUCUGAGAGGCAGCUUCCGUUGUAAAGGAAAGCUCAGUGGCUAGCGAGUUGAGAUCUCAUUCAUACCUCAUUAUCUAGCUUCGGAGAAUGUCACACACAUGCGUUUUAAGACUGCAUCUAAGUCUGUGUUGUCAGGUAAUGCCACGACUGACAACGACGAGAGUCUUGCACAAAAUUACUGUUGUUGUAUUGGUUUUUGCAUUUGACACGAGCCUUUGACUCCUAGAUAGUAGAUAAUGGGUCUGGUAAUAACUACCAGUAUACAAAUGCAUGGUUAUGUCAUAGCCCAAUGUAUGGGCCUCUUCCACUAUAUAAGCAUGCAUAAUAUAUCUUAACCCUAUGUCUAUUGAAUAUCAUUCAUUUCAACAAAUCAAUCAAAAAGUACUAAUUC